AUGUCAGCAUUCGGUCUCCUUCCCAGUCCCCCGAUAUCAGAUUCGCGACCCGCCAGUGCGGGUGCGGAAUCUUCUUCGUACUUUGAAUGCAAGAGCAACACAACCAGCGAAGAGGAUACCCCGACUCCAGAGCUUUCCGAGGAGACGGCAGUUGAGCCAGUUGAUGAGCCUAUUUCAGCGCCUGUUGAGGAGACGGUACAAGAAUCUGUUGAACAACUUAUCGAUGACACCGCGGACGAGCCUAUGGAGGAGCUCAUGAAGGAGCCAGAGAAGGGACCGCCGGGGGAGCCUACGCUACCGUUCGAAAUGGAAGAAAAAAUCCAUUACAAAGCCUACCGUCCACCUGGGUGGACACGAGCAUUAGAAGAAAGGCGAAGGACGGACGUGACAAAUGUUCACGCAGCUCACUCCAAUCUCAUUCGGCAAUGUGAAGAAGCCAGUCAGAAGCAGGAUAAACCGCCCACCCCCAAUACAAGUCCUGGCAAGAUAGCAAAAAGCUCCCUCGCAUCACCACGUUCAGUGCUCAGUGCCAAAGCAGUCAUCCCAGGCACCUCCCCAAGACCUCAACGGCCGAGGACGGCCACUGACUCAAGCGAAGCGAGCUGGGUCCCCACUAACUUCUCGUAUUGUCAGACGUGGCUGCAGGGAGUACCAUUCGAGGCGGGUGAGGAUAAAGACCAGGCCCCCAAAGAGUUCAACCGUCGCAAGUUCCAGAUUGUUGAAACUGAUCCGCCAAUGCCUAAGCUGGACAUCAUUCCAGGGGCCAAGGCCUUGGAGGAGCCCGUGGUAAGUUCUUCAGCCUGGUUUGGAUCUGAGGCCAACCAUGCUCACGUACAACUCCAGCGCUUCGCGGUCGCUUCAAGGCCUAAGCUUGUUGAAGUAACACGGCAAUCAUCGCCGUCCAUGCCUCCAUCUAUGGCUCCACUCAUGCCACCACCGCUACCACCGCCAGCGCUGUUACCUCACCCUCUUCCAAUGACGCCUGACCAGCGCCAGGAAGAGGUGUCUGCUUUCAGCCCAGACACUCCGCUUAACAUGUCUGACAGCGGCUAUGGUACCCGUGAAUCUGGCUAUUCCAUGGAUAGCUACCAAGACAGCAAAGAUGACGAUGCGUAUACAGAUCCAGGAUCAUUGACCUCGGACAGUGUCACAUCUACCGUCGUAUGCGAGAGGCCUGAGUCCGCGCAGGGAGAGCGCAAUAGGUCACCCCAACCGGAAAUCAGAUCGGGCAGUGUCAGCCCCAAAGCAUCCUCAUCGCCGGGGACCAUUUCCUCUGGUCACACGUCAAAUCCUUCUGAGAAAGAAGACGAGAAACAGCGAUUACUGGACCAGAAAUGGACCCUAGAUGACCACGAGUGGACUCUCGGAGAACUUGACCACUCAGUCAAAGAUUUUCCUCGCCAUAUGCUGAGGCUCACAUCUCCUGUUAUUGUUUAUCUUCGCCGAAACGAUGAAAAGGUACUACUUCGGCCUUUUCGAACUAUCUUCCCUCAAGUUGCAGAGAACCUUCUCGAUGGUCUCUGCGCUGCACUCAUUGCUCGCAACUACCUUGUUUCCUUAUCUACACUUCACCGUCGAAAACCAUCUAUAUCGACACGCAGCGAUCCUUACACAGUUGAUGCCCUCCCUGUCAAGGCAUAUAGCACGCUCGGUAUCCAAAUACCCACCGGGUCCCCUGGCCGGAUGAAAGACCGCGCCCUCGGUGCUCACAGUAUGGACCUACGCCGGCAAGUCGAAGGCAUUAUCGACAACCUCUUGUUCGCCAUUUGCGGUCGAGCAGAUGACACACUCAAAUCUGCCGUCGAGGUACUCGCGCAAGUACUCGAAGCCAAUGUUCAACAUUGA